AGUCAGACUCAUGGAGGCCAGGUGAAGAGCUGGACACAGAGAGGACCUUAGCCAUCCACUGUGAGACAGAAGAGAGCCCCAGACAAGAAGGAGAGGUGGGAGCACUGAAGAGUCCGCUCAAGAGAGAGGGGUUCCUCGGAUGGGAGCUGCAGUGAUGACAGGAGUCUUUUUUUCCCUCCCUGCGUUAAUUACAGGGCCCGCGGCUGCACUUUGACUUCACUGCACUCAUGUAUGCUCUUGAGAAAAAGCCGCGCGGCGGAUUCUCACGAGAUGCGCGCCGCGCACGCGCUUUACGCCGGCUCGCUCGCUCGCGCCCGCUGGCUUGUCAUCCAUCCAGCUGCUGGAGCUCACAUUCCUGCUCCACUUCAGAGCGGCUCCUCGCACUCCGGCGCACCGGGACCCGGAGAGGAAGAUGAGCAGCGCUGCGGUCGCUGCCGGACACCGCUGAAACUUUUCCCGGAGAACCGGAGCGUCGCUCCCCGGAGACCAUGAGACGCUGUCCGUUGUAGACGCACUUCGGCUCGGAAGCUCGAUGGCUGUGGACGCCGCAUCCAGCUUCAGCUUCUGCCGUCCAGCUGUGGAGUACAGGGCUCUCCCCGAGGACUUCAAACACCAGUUGAGUCGGCGGACCGGCGGAAACCUAACCUGGCAUGACGGGCGUGGACAGAAAACAGCAGGAGGUAGAACCGUGAAGCUUCUGCAGCAGCCGGGGACCGAGGCCCUGCAGUACUGCUCCAGUGACCGUUAUGGGAUAUAUCACACAAGUCCGACUCAGCCCAGCCUAAUUCGCCCGGUGGUACUCUGGUCUCAGCAAGACGUUUGUAAAUGGCUGAAGAAGCACUGUCCACACAAUUACCUGACCUACGUGGAGGCAUUCUCCCACCACGCCAUCACAGGUCGUGCAUUGUUGCGACUCAACAAUGAGAAGCUGGAAAGGAUGGGGUUAGUGCAGGAGACGCUUCGACAGGAGCUGCUGCAGCAGGUGCUGCAGCUGCAGGUUCAGGAGGAAGGCCGCAACUUACAGCUGCUCAGCAGAGGUUCUUUUGGAAGGAUAUCCUAGCUUAAAGUGGAAGAGUUGGAAUUUCUAAUUAUACAAUCAUAAAAAUUCAGUGGGAUCAAUGAGUGUGGUCAGAAGGGACUUUGACUGCUUCUUGAUCUUUGACUACAUUACAGACAUCCCCUUUUGACAACACAGACUGUAAACUGUGAUGAGAAGAAGCAUCAUGACAGGAUGUUGUUUUUCUGCUAAUCAGUGCUUAUUUAUGGUAAACAUUCAUGUUUUACUUUUUAAUUUUUAUUUCUGUUUUUGAAUGUCAAAAACAAUAUUGAAUAAUAAAAAUAUAAAAAUAA